AUGAGUGACAACAGGGAAAGACAGGGUGCCGAUGGAGGCUACGGGGCUGAACAGCCGCCCAACGUCAAACCCAAACCUGACAGCAUCAAGAAGGAGAAAAAGGAGAAAUCCACCAAGGUGCGUAGGUCCAUGAGCACUGACUCCGAGAGAGGAGGGGGAUCUGGAAGAAGGAGGGAGAGAAAGAGAGACAAAGGGUUGAGAAGGGAGCGUGGUAGAAGUGAGGAGAACAGGAGGCAAGACAGGGCUGGAGAUGACAGCAACCAGAAGGAGUUUGACCCCCAGGAAAACGACAUGGAGGACACUGAGUGCGUGGUUUGCUUCUGCGAAUACGACAACGUCUUUAAAACCCCCAAGCUGCUCUCCUGCGGGCACACCUUCUGUCUGGAGUGCCUGGCCCGGAUCAACGUCACCUCCUUAGAGCUCAAGUCUCUUUCCUGCCCUGUGUGUCGAGAGCUCACCAACCUGCCCCAUGGCCGCAACCUGCCCCAGUUGGGCAACAACAAGGACAUCUUCCGCAAACUCCCUCCAGAGAUGCAGAGGGCACUGUCCGUGCGCUUCAAGCGCAGCAAGGGCAAGCUGGUCCUCAAGAAGCCCCCUCCUGGUACUACCAGCCUGGCCAAGUCCAGCCUCACCCUGCCCACUCUCAAGAAGCAGGACCGGCAGGCCUCCAGCAACCUCCAGCUGGGCACCAUGGAUCAGGGCCUCGCCACUGUCGUGGACGUGGGUCGCCCCCCUAGCAGGGUCAGAGGUCGCCUGCGCAGGAUGUUCCGCACGGACCAGUGCUACUACACCGUGAUGGCAUCCAUCAUCACCAUCAUCGUGGUGCUGAUGCUGAUGGGCAUCCUGGCCUUCAUGGUCUUGCCCAAUGUGGUCCUCCCCAACGGCAGCAAACCCAACCAGGGGAAUUCCAGCCAACCAUAA